AAAGCGAAAAAGCACAAAAGCAAAAAACCCAUUCUCUCGACCCAAAAAGCGAAGGCGAUCUUCUGUAUUCUCUCUCGGUGGACGGAGGAGAUUCAUGGCGACGGCUAACGGAGGAAAGAGUCCGUCGAGUAUGGGCCCUAUGGUUUUGUUUUAUUCCAUUCUGCUUACGCUUCAGUACGGAAGCCAGCCUUUGAUCUCCAAACGCUGUAUCGUGAAGGACGUUAUUGUAACAUCAUCUGUUUUGACGUGUGAGAUUGUGAAGGUCGUAUGUGCUCUGAUUCUCAUGGCAAGAGACGGUACUUUGAAGGGAUUAUCAAAAGAGUGGACGUUGAUGGGAUCCUUGACUGCAUCAGGACUUCCUGCAGCCAUUUAUGCAUUGCAGAACAGUUUGUUGCAGAUCUCAUACAGGAGUCUUGAUUCCUUGACUUUUUCAAUUCUAAAUCAGACGAAAAUCUUUUUCACAGCAUUCUUUACAUUCAUAAUCCUAAGGCAGAAGCAAUCAAUUCAACAAUUAGGAGCUUUGUGUUUAUUGAUCAUGGCAGCAGUCCUACUAAGUGUUGGUGAAGGCUCUAACAAAGGUUCAAGUGCCAGUAACUCAGAUCAAGUGGUCUUUUAUGGGAUUAUCCCGGUCUUGGUAGCGUCAGUGCUCUCUGGUUUAGCCUCAUCUCUAUGUCAAUGGGCUUCUCAGGUCAAGAAGCAUUCAUCAUACUUAAUGACGGUUGAGAUGUCAAUUGUUGGAAGCCUCUGCUUGUUAGUAAGUACCCUUAAAUCUCCAGAUGGCGAAGCGAUUAAAAAAUACGGCUUCUUUCAUGGUUGGACUGCUUUAACAUUGGUCCCAGUAAUAAGCAAUGCCCUUGGUGGAAUUCUUGUUGGCCUAGUUACAUCACAUGCCGGUGGUGUAAGAAAGGGAUUUGUGAUUGUGUCGGCAUUACUAGUGACAGCGCUACUCCAGUUUGCAUUCGAAGGAAAACCUCCGACAUCGUAUUGCCUGGUGGCUCUUCCUCUUGUGAUGAGCAGUAUCUCACUUUACCAGAAAUAUCCAUACCUUGACAAGAAGAAGAAGAAGAAGAAGAAAGUCUAAAGAAGCCUUUUCCAUUCACAACAGAGUAGCUGCUAUAUUUCAACAAUAGGAUAUCUUAUCUUUAAUGCCAGUAUUAGUAAUUAGUAGAUGAUAGUGUGAUUCUUGAUCCAUGCAAAACAGCAAAAGGCUUUGUAUUAACUUAACAUUGGAAAAGAUGUUAAUACAUGGAAUGAGUCCAGUUGUAAGGCC